AUGUGCCUGACGUCGUUGCCAAUUACACCGAUUACAAAUGUCUAUAAAACGUGGUUUUUUGCAUCACCCGUCUGCAAGCUGAUUCCACUUGUCCAGGGUGCAUCGGUGUUUGUGUCGACGUUCUCCCUUUCGGCAAUUGCAUUAGAUCGAUAUAAUCUCGUUGUUCGACCACAUCGCCAUCCGCUGCGAUCUCGAGGUGCGUCGGUGGUCGCAUUGCUGUUGUGGAUCAUUUCCGCCCUUGUCUGUAUGCCAUAUGGAUGGUAUAUGGACGUGGUUCGUAUAGGUGGACUAUGUGGAGAGUUCUGUACCGAAAAAUGGCCUCUUCCGGAAGUGCGUAAGGGUUACGCUUUGAUGGUGUUGGUAAUGCAGUUUAUACUUCCGUUUGCCACAAUGGCUGUAUGCUACUAUACUAUAUUCGCAAGACUUCGCGAAAGGACCGAGUCGAAACUGAAAAAACUCAGUGAACGAUCGCAACUGCUGGAGAGCGCGGUCGGGAACUCUUCCCCAUCAGCGAAAACCGAGAAUGGAGCGCAUACAGUCACAUUGGAAGAGCAACAGCGUCUGUCAGUGCUAGCUUCCCAGAGACGGACGACCACCAUUCUCGCCUCCAUGGUGUUGCUGUUUGGUUUCACUUGGCUUCCACAUAACGUCUACACUCUGAUUAUCGAGUACGAUGAAGCGUUCUUUCACAAUGGCGAGAGCGACAACACGUACAUCGUUUCAAUGAUUGCACACCUCAUCUCAAUGACGACGAAUGUGGCGAAUCCGAUUCUGUAUGCGUGGCUUAAUCCAUCCUUCAAAGAAAUGCUGCUAACAUCAAUCAGAGGGAAAACCAGGAAACAGGACAAGCAGUCCGUCAAGGAUACCAUUAUCAGGGUUACCAAAUCUACAGAAAAUACUCAGGAAAAAGCCUUUUGA